UGUCAAGGACGGCCACGCUAAACUGUGACCGAUCCGUUUCAACAGAAGACCAACAGGUUCGGUGCCUUCAUUCUAAUUGUCAGUCAGCAAUUCAAACAAACGUUAUUACAGCAAUAUAUGCACACGACGCCUUCCAUGUAAUACAUUCUAUGACCGUAUUGUGCUGUUCAGUUGACUUUAGCUGCGCGAAAACGUUCAGUUUGAAUGAUUUUGUCUGAUUGUAUUCAGCUAAGUGACGUGCUAGCGGUUAGCAUUAGCUCCAAUUCGUUCUCCGAGCAAAGCGAAUCAAGUGAAGGAUAUUGUCCGAGUCGCAGGUUGUCGCAGCUGUCCUGCGCCUCCGCCGCCGCCGCCCAAAGCCUCCGACGGCACAAGAAAAACAACAAAAUUGUCCACGAGCAGCAGCGCAAACGAACCAGCUGCGACAUGGCCGCUUCUAUGACGACACCAAGCGCCGCCUUCAGGGCUUCACGGGGGGGUGGGAGGAAUAACGAUUUCCCUCACCACACGCAGGAUUUCAAACCACCAGUUGCCGUGUAGCUCGUAUGUUUCGUUUCGUGUCGUGGUACAGAGACGGAACCUUUACAUCUCGAGUUGAAAAGAAAGAAAGAGAACUCGACACGCCAGGUGGCCUAGUUGCAGGUGACGCACGGUCGCGGUAGUUUCCCUCAGCAAGCGAACGCAGCAUUAAAGUGACACUGUCGCCCAAGAGGAGCCUCUUCAACGAAGAGGGAUGUUGUACGACGCCGGGGCAGGUAACGUUCGCCCGCCAGGCGCCGCCGUCUGUCCGGCUCACGCGCUCCCCGUGCCCGCAGUGUCGACCGACGAGCGGCGACGGGCGGCGGCGGCGCUGGAGCGGCUGCGGGCCAAGCUGGCCGAGAAGGAGGAGUGGCGGCGGCACGGCGAGCGCGUGGCGGCGCUCAAGGACACGCUGGACAGUCCGCUCUUCGCGCACGUCCUCGCACUGCAGCGUGCCGUCGCGCAGCUCAGGAAACAGUUGAGCGCGACGACGCCGGAACGCGGCGGCGACUUCACGUUUUCCGCAAAUGGCGACCUGAUGCUGAGCUCGGUCGCACCCUCGCCUGACCACCUUCAGCGGUGGAUCACGGCGGCGGCCGCGGGUCGCCCCACGACGCACGUGCGUCUGACUCGCCCCCCGUCGGGCGGCCUGGGCUUCAGCGUGGUGGGCCUUCAUCCAGGAAGCAGCAGUGACGAGGUCUUCAUCAAACACAUCCAGCCCGGAGGCGUCGCUCACAGGGAUGGGCAUCUCCAGGCAUGGGAUCAGAUCCUGGUGAUAAACGGGCGCCCUCUGGAGGCGGGCAUGAGUCAGUGUCAGGCACUUGCUUUGCUGCAGCAGCCCGGCCGCACGGUGGAGAUGGUGGUCGCCAGAGACCGCCCUCCUGGGGAAGCGCCACCAAAACCAUUAUCAUCAUCGUCACCACACGCCGCCACUGAUGACAUCAACACGGCUAUGUGGGGCCACGUGGAGGAGAUCCAGCUGACCAACGACGGCUCGGGUUUCGGCUUCGGCAUCGUGGGCGGCAAGACGGCCGGCGUGGUGGUCCGCACCCUCGUCAGGGGGAGCGUGGCCGACAGGGACGGGCGUCUCCGCACGGGCGACCACAUCCUUCGUAUCGGGGACACGCCCACUGACGGACUCAGCAGCGACGAGGUCGUCGAGGUGCUGCGGGGGUGCGGGAGUCACGUAACCGUGCUGGUCGCCAGGGACCCGUGCGGUCAGAGGACGCGAGCCCCACCGCCACCCGAUUCCGCUCCCGUAUCGGCGGUGCCCGUGUCCGCCACGCCCCCGCGGCCCCAGCGUCCGCCCAGUAAGAUGCCCAACCUGGACGGCUACGAGAUCCACGAGGUUCUGCUCACCAAGAAAGAUGGACAAAGCCUCGGAAUCUCAAUUGUUGGACACAACCCCCUUAGCAGUCAAGAUGCGGUGGGCGUGUUCAUCAAGCACGUGGUCCCGGGCAGUGCCGCCCAUCACAGCGGGAACAUCAGAGUUCAAGACAGACUCAUUGGCCUGGACGGCGUCAGCCUGCACGGUCUGAGCAACCGGGAAGUCGUCGACGUCAUGAAGCAGACAGGACGCACCGUCGUCCUCACGCUCGUCCGCAAGAAGAACGCCACCGGGGAACGGCCCCUGGACAGAGUUGAGUCUUCUCGCGGGUCACUGCGGAGGUCAUUGGAGUUCAAGAGUCACUCUGCUGAUUUGGACACACACAACACAUGCAGCGGUCCUGACGCGGCUCUGAAGGCCAAGUGGCAGCAGGCUCUGAGUCCAAACUACCAAGUCCUGGUGAUCAGGUUGCAUCCUGUGAUUGAAGAUGACGCCCAGCUGCAGAGGUCCUCCAAGCUCCUUCCCGUCCACACGCUUCGCCUGGGCGUGGAGUUGGACUCGUUUGACGGCCACCACUACGUCUCCUCUGUGGUGCCUGGAGGCCCCGUGGACAAAAACGGCGUCCUGAGACCAGAGGACGAGCUGCUCGAGGUGAACGAUGUGCAGCUGUAUGGAAAGUCUCGUCGGGAGGUGGUCUCCUUCCUCAAAGAGGUGCCCCCUCCUUUCACGCUGGUCUGCUGCCGACAACCGACAUCUGACUUGGAAGCAGAACGACACGGACGCAGUAUGGGCGACUUGGAGAUGAAGCUAGCAUCUGCGCUGUGCAGUCGAGCGAGCGUGGCGCACGAGCAAGAUGACCAACAGGAAGUGGAGCAGGUGGACGUUUUGAACGAUGGAAUGUGUGAUGCGACUUCGGCCGCGUUUGAGGAGGAGGAGCAGGAUGGCGGCAGCGAAGAGGAAGAAGGUGGCGAGCUUGCUCUGUGGUCUUCUAAGGUGGACGUGUUGGAGCUCCACAAGGAGCCUGGCGAAGGCCUGGGCUUCAGCAUCCUAGACUACCAGGACCCGCUGGACCCGUCGGGCUGCGCGAUGGUGAUCCGCUCGCUGGUGGCGCGCGGCGCGGCCGACCGCUGCGGCGCGCUGCUGCCCGGCGACCGGCUGGUUUCGGUCAACGGCGUCCGGCUGGAGCGCGUGGGCCUGCGGCGGGCCGUCGACGUCCUGAAGGGGGCGCCGCCCGGCGCCGUGCGGCUCGGCGUACGCAAACCGCUCGCGGGUUCUGCCUACGACCUUGGCCAAGGGCGACCGGAGGAGGAGGAGGAGCUCAUCCUGGACGCCGGCCUGCCGCCGUACGCGCAAACUUCUUUCAACCUUGACCCUGCGUGGCAAGACGAAGAGGAGGGCAGGGAGAUGGCGGUGGACGACGAAAACGAGCAGGCGGAGAAAGCCAAGCCGGCGUCCUCGCCGGGACUCGGAGCCGUCCGGGAGACCGGCCCAGGAGACGCAGCCCCGCUCCCCGGCGAAUGUGGAGACAUCGAAGCGGACUCCGAAGUCAGCCUGACGGACACGCAGUCCAUCAGGUCGAUUGACACGGAGAAACGGAGGAGGCGGAGUCGAGGAGUAUUCUCCGCCGCCAGAAGGGGGCACCGGGAGCUUCCUGAGCGUGAGGACGGUGAGGGUGAGGAAACUCCUCCCUUCAGUCACUGGGGACCCCCCCGCAGGGUGGAGGUGCGGCCCGAGGAGGGUCAGUCUCUGGGUCUGAGCAUCGUGGGCGGCCAUCACGUCAUCAAGCGUCUGAGGAACGGGGAAGAGCUGAAGGGGAUCUUCAUCAAGCAGGUGGCGGACGGAAGUCCCGCGGCCAGGACGCGGGCCCUCAAGACCGGAGACAAGAUCCUCCAGGUGUCAGGUGUGGACCUACGAGCCGCCAGUCACGAAGAAGCGGUCACCGCCAUCAAAUCCGCUGAGAGUCCGGUCAUCUUCGUUGUCCAGAGUCUGUCUGCUAACCCACGAAUGCCGAGAGCGGCCCCGCCCCCUUACAGGCCUCCCGGCCAAUCGGAGCAGGAGCCGACGCAGGCCCGAGAGCGUUGGCGUGAUCGCUACGGCGACCUGCGGGGGGAGCCGGACAAGGAAGCGCACGGCGGUCUGGGUCUCAGCCUGGCCGGAAACCCAGACCGCUCCUCUCUCGGCGUCUUUGUGGCGGGACUGCGCGGCGGGGACCGGUUGCUCCAGGUCAACGAUCGCGUCCUUGAUGGGCGGAGCCACCGGAAGGCCUCGGCCACCGUCAAGAGCUCCUCCUCCAAAGUCCGACUCGUCCUGCUCAGGACCCGAGACGGCGUCCGGCGGAUGGCGGUCCCGCCCUUCCCCCCGACCCCCGAGUGCGCCUCUCCGGCGGAAUGGCCGAGCCCCCCGGACGGCGCCACGCUCUGCCCGCCCCAAGAAGAAGAAGAAGAAGAAGACACGGAGCGGGAGAGCGCCGACGACCGCCAGAUGAAGAACGAGGAGGGGGCCGGGGACUCGUCGGAGCGGCAGAGCCGCCGGUCACGCGACGGGGACGCCGUCGUCGCCGCAUCCGACGACAUCGGCAGAGGUCGCGGUCGGUUUCCGUGGAAACCAACAGGAAGCCGGACCUCGUCGGAGCCGUCCGCGUGCCCCGUACGUCCCGGUCACGAGACGACCUUGGAGAUCUGCAAAGGUCGUCGGGGACUGGGCCUCAGCGUGGUCGGAGGGCGAGACACGCGGCCGCAGGCCAUCGUGAUUCUUGAGGUCCACGAGGGAGGAGCGGCGGCCGAAGACGGCCGCCUGCGGCCUGGCGACCAAAUUCUGGAGGUGGACGGCGCGGACCUCCGGCGGGCGUCUCACGAGGAGGCCGUCUCGGCGCUGAGGCGGCCGAGCCCCAAAGCGUCGGUGAAGGUUCUGCGGCACGGCGGUCGGCCCGGCUCCGCGGCCAAGACGUCGGGGGGACGGCUCGACGUCGUCGGGCAGAGGUCCGUUGCCGUGGCGACGCCUCACGCUAGGACCAGUCGACAUGGCGGGAGCGGCAGCGGAGCGUUCAUCUCCGAGGCGGUCAGAGGGGGCGCCGCCGAGCCGGACGCUCGUCGGACGCAAGGAGGUCAGAUCCUGUCCGUCGACGGAGAAGACACCGCGCACGCCUCCCACCAAGCCGUCGGCGCCAUAUUGAAGCUCGAGGACGUUGGAGGAAAAAGUUCAAAGGUUGUGACUCCUGCCGUGACGUCACGAGACGACGGCGAGGCCGACGCAGGCAUUGUUGACCUGCGGACUGUGCACAUCACCAAGGUGGUAGCGGACGCCGACAUGGCCGCCAUCUCGAGUCGGGUGGACAAUUUGUCCGGCAGCUCCACUGUGGCUCCUCCCGCCGACGCACACACGCAUUCAAGGAGCCGGUCGGCGGACGAUCGCGGUGGAGAAGACGAGCGAGGGUUUUGGCUUCGGCGUCAUCGGAGAAGUCGGUAGCGCACACGGAGAUCUGCCCGUCUACGUCGAAACGGUCUUCGACAAGGUUGCGGCCGCGGUGGACGGGUGUCCCAAGCGCGGCGACCGAGUCCGGAUGGCGUUACCCACGAGCAGCCCGUCGCCAUCUUGAAGAAACACAAGGGAAGCGUCACGCUCGAGCUCUUGUCCUAACACACACAAACCGCAA